AUGCACCCGAAGUUUGGGCGCAAUGUCAAGCCUCUAGAAGCCAAGAGUCGUCUUGAAGAACAGUCAUUUGUGGAAGAAGGGAGUCCCUGGUUCGACGCCAGUAGCCCUGAAGAGAUACAACAAUUAGACAAUAAUGCAGCAUCUGGCCUGACAACUGAGCAAGCCGGGUUGCCAUCUUUUCCAGUGACUUCAGCCAUGCGAUAUAUUGUGGAAUUUUGUAUCUCUCAGCUUCUCAAGGCCAUAACACUGGGUCUACUUGUUGUAUCGUUCAACUGGAAUGGCAGUCUUUUUGGGGUUAAGAGUAGUGAUGCGGACCAUGACGUGAUUCUCGCUCGACUGGAACAUCUUCAAACGGCUGCACACUAUCAAAAAAGGCUCGAAGUUGGCGCAAUUGUUGGUGUGCCAUCUCUCGAUUUGGUUCCAAUGCAGGACUUCGCACUGGUCAGCUCUGGAGCAUUCUAUAUACCGCUUCUUACUUCCCAGUUUGACAUCACACCAUCAUCUUGGCAUACAUGGCGUCAGGCAGCAGACCGGCACAUAAGCAAUUCCCCCAAUCUAGCACUGACUGCGGAUCCUCCAGGAAGCUGUUGGAGACUACCCCAAUCGAGGGGUCAUCUAGGAAUUGGGUUUAAGACCCCUAUGAUCAUUACUCACGUUUCAAUUGAACAUCUCAGUUCUACGCUGGAUGCACCCCGGGAUGUUGUUGUGUGGGGCUUCCUUGAACAUGCUGAGAACCUUCAGCAUUACAGACCUGUUAGUACAGGUGUGGACGAUGAACCUCCCCAUGAGGUCAUUGAAGCAGGCCGAAGGCAGAAUCCCCAUGGCUCUUUCAUCAAGCUUGUACAGGUGGAAUUUAGCCCCUUUGAUCAGGAGUCCCCAGUUCAGACGUUUCCUGUCUACCAGAACAUCCUUCGGUCGGGCUUUGAUUUUGGAUUGGUUGUUGUCGAGGUACGGGGGAAUUGGGGUGCACCUGAGACUUGCUUAUACAGAGUGCGGGUUCACGGAAAAGAUAUUCGUGACGAAUCGUAA